UCCGUUUUCAAAUACAUCAAAAAGACGGACUUAAAAACGAAGCCUUUCUCUUUGUUUAUUUAUAUAACAUUAAUUUUUGCUUGCUGUCUUUCGAGAGGCUUCGGGAAUGUCUGGACGGCGAAAUGAAACCACAAUCCGACAUCUCAUUCAGUCUGUCCCAGGAAACAACAUUUGUGCAGAUUGCCAUACGCGUGGUGUUCAAUGGGCCAGCUGGAACCUAGGUAUAUUUUUGUGUCUGCGAUGUGCAACAAUUCAUCGAAAGCUUGGAACUCAUGUUUCAAAAAUAAAGUCGGUUUCGCUUGAUCAAUGGACAGAUGAGCAAGUAAAUAAUAUGCGCGACUGGGGGAAUAUUAACGCCAAUCGUUAUUGGAAUCCCAGUCCUCUGGAUCAUCCUUUGCCUAUGAACGCUCAUAGUGAUGAUAACGUAAUGGAAAAAUACAUUCGCGAUAAAUAUGAAAAAAAGCUAUUCUUAGAGGAAACUACGAAUAAAAAAGGUCCUUCUUUGCCCCCUAGAUCAAACGCGUCUGCUAAUUCUGCUGGCGCCUCAAGUUCUCGAUCGAAUUACAAAUCAUCUCUUAAAGCUAUUCAUGACAUGGGUUUUACAAAUGACACAAUUAAUUUGAAAGCGCUGGAAGAGGCACACGGUGAUAUCAAUGUUGCUGUUGAAAAAAUUGUUCAGGAGUUGAAAAAAAACACAUCAAAUUCUGCCUCUUCCUCUUCCAUGAAACCAAAUUCAAGAUCCUCUUACAAGGCUCCAAAGAUAUCAUCAGCACGUCUUUCUAGAAGAAAUAAAAAUUUACACGUGCGCUUCGAAGAUGGUUCGAAACCAGGCGAUGAGGACGGUAGUGUCGGUGAUACGCGUGCGACAUCUCCUACUUUAAAUCCAUUUGAACAGAUGAUGGCAAUGACAAAUCAGGGUAUGUCUGUUGCUCCUGGUGUUGAAACCACUUCUAGUCCGUUUUUUAGGGCUCCGGUAGAGCCUAAUCAACCCUUGCAACCGUCGAUGACAGGUCCCGCAGCAACUUCCUCCUAUGAAAACAUGAGCAUGCCUUCUUAUAGUAUAGACUCCUCCAGCAUGUAUCCACAAACCGGUUCAUCAUCUGCCGCACCACCACCUGCUCAACCUUUACAACGCUCUCAUACUGGGGUUGCUUCCUAUGAUUACAAUUACCCUUUCAAUUCUAAUUAUUCACUUCCUUCAAACACAACUGGUUCUAAUCCCUUUUAUGACUAUUCCUCAGCAGCGCCUUCGACGCCUGGCAUGUCUGCGAGCACAAAUUAUCCCAACAAUGGCAACAGUUUAUAUUAUGGUAACUCUUAUCCAAAUAUGACAGAUAAUAUCUCAUUGCCGGAUAUGAGCAAGUUAUCUUUAGGAGAGUCAAACAAUGCACCUUCAAAUCCUUCAUCGCAAUAUCUAAGUUCUACGCUUUCACCUCAAUACGGUGCAUCCGGCACAAAUUUCUCUCAAUCAUCUACAGAUCCUUAUAACUUGAGAACAGAUGUUUAUAAUCCUUCAGUUUCCUCUUACAGUGCCCAACCCUCAACUUUGCAACUUCAGCCGACUGGGUUGGCUCCCCCUUCUUCCGGCGAAAUUCCACUUCAAGGCACAGGACAACCGUUUAUGCAAAGUCAAAUGGGGAUGCAAUCAAAUAAUUAUCAAAUGCCAUUGGGAAAUACUUGGAUGGAAUACGGUGACGUGUCCCAGCAAGGUACCGCAAUGCCAAUGAAUGAAAUGAACUAUCCUGGGGUAAUGAAUUACGACCCCAAUAUGCCUAUGAAUACUGGUUACUAUAUGCAAGGAUAUAACAACACAAUGAUGCCUUCUGAAGGUAUGUAUCAAUCUGCUGAUGUCUAUGGAGAUCCAAUGAACCCUGGUUCAUCGGGAGGUAUGGGAGGCCCAGCGAGCAGCACGUCGAAUGCAGAUAACUACUUGCAAAGGAUUAUGCAUGGUAAGCGAUAAGAGUUUGAGGAAAGAAAGAAAAAAAGGCGUGAAGCCGUUUUUGACCUUAAUUGUUAGGGUACUGAAAGAAUUUAACAUACAAUCAUUAUGUUUACUUUUUUUUCGUUCUUUGAUAACGUUUGUUUACUUGCUUUUCGGUUUCUAAUGUUCAUACUUAUAUCCAUGGCACAUAUUCGUGUGAUAAGCAUGAUGGAUGGUCUAAUGGGCCAUGUCUUUUGGUCCAAAUUUAUUUACGCUCAUUUAUUACAUUCUUUGGCCAUACUCUGAAGGCAAUUACUGCAUUUGUGAGAUCAGUACAGCGAAAUGAAACUGGAUCCGCAUAAGUGCUAUAUGAAUUUAAAUUAUGAUGAUCAUGCAUGGAAUUAUGAGCCUAGCAUCUGUUUUGCAUAACUGUUAUUGAAGACAUACCUAUAUAUAUACAUAUAUAUAUAUAUGUAUAUGUUGUUUUUGAAUGUUCAGGUACAUUAAUGAAAAAUUGUUUUUGGUAUUUAAAGAUGUGUCGUUUCAAGUCGUACAAUUAUAGCUAGCUGAUAAAUCCAGAAAGGGCAUCAAUCCUCAUUUCCUGAAAUCAAAUUUAAAGCUUCAGAUAAACGAGCUUUUAACGUCGUACACAGUCAGGGUGAAUCUGCCAACAUUGAGAAAUACAAUCUUCAAGGUGAUUUAUCAUUAAAAUCAAGAUCAUUAAACCGGUCUUUUACUUGCAAGAGAUCUUGAGCGCACAAGUAAACACACAUGUGGUUACAAAUCUGUUUGACUUCUUCCAAAUUCAAUUUCUUUGGCAAUUUUGAGAGAAAAAUCGGUUUAAACUUGCAGAAAACGAACAAUCGGAAGCUGUAAAAAAAAAAAAAAAAAAAAAAAAA